UCCAUCACCAUAUCAUAACUCACUACAAUAAGCUUCAUUGUAACGCCAUCCUAUCAUUUUCAAAUUUUCAUUACCUACAAAGGUAAAAUGCAGCCCACGAUUUGCUAUUCCCAUUACAAUAACAGUACUAUUACACCUCCAAAGUUUUCACAUCCAGUUAAACUCCCGGUGGGGGCGGCAGCGACGGCAACAGCCCAAGUGUCAUUGCCUCUAAUAAGUCGCCAUGUAUCAAGAGCGAUCUCAAUUCCCACCACAACUAGAGCCCCGAUACCUGAUGUGCUAGAUAACCCGGACUUGUUAGAUGACCGAGUGACCGCUUUCCGGGACUACCAAUCUUUGUUCGUGUCGCAACGGUCCGAAGCCGUUGAACCCGUCGCCCUCCGGGUGGUGGAGGGCGCGAUACCAUCCGACUUUCCAUCCGGAACCUAUUAUUUGACCGGGCCAGGCCUAUUCACCGAUGACCAUGGUUCGACCGUGCAUCCGCUAGACGGGCACGGGUACCUUAGGGCGUUCCAAAUAGAUACCGCGACGGGCCAGGUCACAUUCAGGUCGCGGUACAUUCAGACAGAGGCGCAUGAAGAGGAGCGAGAUAUCGAAACGGGCCAGUGGCGAUUCACGCACCGGGGCCCGUUUUCGGUUUUGAGAGGAGGGAAAAUGAUUGGGAAUACUAAGGUGAUGAAGAAUGUGGCCAACACUAGUGUUAUGGAGUGGGGUGGGAGGUUGUUUUGCCUGUGGGAAGGUGGCGAUCCUUACGAGAUUGAUUCUACUAGUCUCCAAACGAUCGGCAAGUUCAAACUCGUCAACAAUAACACUAAUUCUGUUGCCCAUAAAACUCCUAAGCCGCAUAUGGCAAAUUUCUGGGACGUAGCUGCCCAAAUUUUGAGGCCAAUUCUUUAUGGAGUAUUUAAGAUGAGUCCCAAGAGAUUUUUGUCACACUACAAGAUAGAUGGAAUUAGAAACAGACUUGUCAUAAUGUCAUGCGACGCAGAAGAUAUGUUACUCCCGCGGAGCACUUUCACAUUCUACGAAUUUGAUGCCAACUUCAAGUUACUAGACCAACAAGAGUUUAGCAUCCCAGAUCACCUAAUGAUCCAUGAUUGGGCGCUCACUGAUUAUCAUUACGUGUUGUUUGGCAAUCGCAUCAAACUCGAUGUUCCAGAUUUAAUUAGUAUGAUGAUACGAAAAAGAAAUGGGGCAGUAUAGGAAUAGGUGACAACUCUGGUACCUAUUUAAAAAAUGAGGAUCGAUGAGGGCUGUUUGUGGGCUUUCUCCAAUGAUAUCUGCACUAUCCGUGAAUCCAAGCAAACAAACAUCUCCUGUUUAUUUGCUUCCUCGCUUUCCUCAGAGCCAAACAACCCACAGAGACUGGAAAACACCCAUUGAAGUUCCAUUGCAGAUGUGGGUAUUACAUGUCGGAAAUGCCUUUGAGCACAAAGAUGAGAAAACUGGAAAUCUUGAGCUUCAAAUCCAGGCUUCUGCCUGUUCUUAUCGAUGGUUCAAUUUCCAGAAAAUGUUCGGAUAUGAUUGGAAAAAUGGAAUAUUGGACCCCUCGAUGAUGAAUAGGGGAAAGGGCGAAGAUAAACUCUUGCCUCACCUAUACAAGGUGUCCAUAAGUUUGGAUAGAAAUGGUGAUUGCCAAAAUGCAUCGGUGAAUGAUUUGAAUGAAUGGGGCAAAGCGGCAGAUUUCCCAGCCAUUCAUCCGGACUUUUCAGGCAGGAAAAAUUCAUGCGUUUAUGCGGCGACAUCAUCCGGCUCGCGCCGUGCGCUACCGCAUUUCCCUUUUGAUACGGUGGUCAAACUAAACACAGCAAAUAAGACCACCCAAACAUGGUCUUCAGGCAGGAGACGAUUCAUUGGUGAGCCUGUGUUUGUUCCCAAAGGAACCAAAGAUGAAGAUGAUGGCUAUCUUCUUGUUGUGGAAUACGCGGUUUCAACACAUAGGUGUUAUCUGGUUGUGUUGGAUGCAAAAGAGAUUGGGAAAAGUAAGGAAAUAGUGGCGAAAGCUGAAGUUCCAGCCAAAUUCACUUUCCCCAUGGGAUUCCAUGGCUUUUGGUCACCUAGCAACUAACGAGUAAAUUAGCUUAGAGCGAAGUACAUAUUAUUGUAAUCGAUUGAACAACAAUAGUUCUUGUAAUCUUGAUAUUGUAUAUCUGAAAAAUAUAAUACAAAAUCAUUUUAUGUUUCUAUGAGAAGUACUUGUAUAUAA